AGGAGAGGAGAGGAGGGAUUACCCUGACCUUUUUCAACUCACACUGCCUCAGACGGCCACCAAGCAGCUGAAGAGAGAGCAGCCAGACGGACCCAUCAUGUCCGACAAACCAGAUUUUGCAGAAAUUGAAACAUUUGACAAGACCAAGCUGAAGAAGACAGAAACCAGAGAGAAAAAUCCACUGCCCACUAAAGAAACUAUCGAACAGGAAAAGCAAAGUGAAAGUACAGCCUGAGCAUAACAUUGAAGAUGUGACUGCUGCUUCUUCAGUGGGGUUUUGGCUUCUGAGUUGGGUUGUUGUUUUAUUUUGUCCUUCCCACCCCAUAUUUGUUGCCCAUUUAUUUUAGGAAACAUUUGUUAAUUUAAUGUUCCCUGGAGAAGUUUGGUUUGUGUUUGUUGAAGAUACUAUGUAUUUGUAUUCUUAAAAUUAUAAUUCAAAGUUCUGUAUCAACCCCAUUACUUGGCAAAAAAAAAAAAAAAAGCAAUUUGCAUAGAAAUUGUUUUCCUAAACCUCACAAUAAACAGGCUUCUUCUGAC